GGUUUUUCAUGACCUCACUAGUGCUUCCUACGUCAUUGGUGACCUUUAUGAUUGUAGUUGUUUGCCUCAAGGCUUUAUUUUAGACAGCGACUCCGCGACAGAUCAACAUUACAACACGUUAAGGUACUGAGAUCUUCAACGUUUUCGUCUAUAUUGUCUCAAAGGUGGGAGAAUUUUUCCUGUACGGAUUCUAGAUCUUAAAGGGAUGAAGAAAAAUUACAGCUAUCGACAUAAUGUUAUGCAAGAUGGAAUGAGAGCCAUAACUUUUAGGAGGACUGUAUCUGGAACCGGUGUGCUGAUCAUGAUAUCCAUGACGGCGUGGUGGAUUUUCUAUCUACGAUUCAAGCCCUGGGACCGAUACGCUACAGCCUAUCAGGGUGUUCUAAAUCCAAUGUUGUUGGAACCACCAGUUCAACCAUGCCUCCUCAACCAGCCUCUCGUCUUCGACCAGACCACGUACCCAAACUACACGGAGGUUGUCGUCUUAAACAGGGACCGGUUGUAUCACCAAGGAGAUGUCCUCACCGUCAAGGUGGUGGCAAGAGAUAAAGAAGGAAGGUCGAAGACGUACGGAGGAGACUUUUUCCGUGCUAGACUGGUCAGCAGUGACGGUUCGCUACAGGCCAGUAGUGCCGGUCACGUCACUGACCACUGUAACGGUACCUACACCGUGCAGUUCCCUCUCUACUGGGUAGGGGACGUUUCGAUAAAGAUCCAGCUUGUCCAUCCAAGCGAGGCAGUGAAGGUUCUACAGAGCUUGCGACAAGUUCCGAACAAGAGAGACUUCAAUUGCACCUUCGUCGACGUGAAGACUGAAAACAAUUAUACACAGCAAUGCUUCAGCUCUAACAACCCCAGCCUACCACCCCACCGACAGUGCGAUUUCUCAAAACCAGAGGUAAACGGAACCUGGAUUUGUGAGAAACCGGAGAAACUACCGUGUUCCGCUAUCACAAAGUGCCGAUGGAACCCAGAUAUGAGCAGAGUACUUGGCCUUGUGUCUCCAGAGGAGAUGAAACUUUUCCAAAAGCCAUAUCUUGAGGUGGAACUUGAAGUAAACCCCAAGGAGCCCAUACGAGUCCUUGAGACAGAACUGCCCACACCAGAACACCUUCCAGCGUGUACCGGGAACACACGUGAGUCCGGAGCUUCGCUGGGACAUUGGUCAGGCAAGGUGUGGAAGUCAGCGGUCUGUAAUGUCCGAGUCUUCACUAAAGAAGACAUCCGGCAAUGUCUGGCUAACAAGAUUGUGUACUUGCAAGGCGACUCUACCAUUAGACAAUGGAGCGAGCGUUUGAAGAAGGUAGCGCGGCUGCACGACAAUGAGAGAACCAUGUAUUCACCAGUUGUUCAAGUAGGAGACAACAACAAGUGGAACAUCUCUGUUCGCUAUCGUUUUCACCACUUUCCCGUUCAAGGAAAGCCCUGGAUUAAUUUUCACGACCUCCGAUACAUUGUUGAUGAGCUAGACCUUACUCAAGGAGGCCCAAACACCGUCAUAGUCCUAAGUCUGUGGGCUCACUUUACGGCUGAGCCGUUGGACAUGAUUCGGUCUCGUCUGUACGCCAUACGGGGCGCCAUACACCGUCUCCUGCGGAGGAGUCCCGGCACGCUAGUUUUCGUGAGAACUGGAACAACGCGAGAACACAAGGAGGAAAAGUUGGAGUACUAUCUGCUUGCCAGCGACUGGUUGGCUUACCAGAUCACGGAGGUGAUACGAGAAAUAUUCCGGGAGGAUCCAGACGUGUUUGUGUUUGACACGUGGGACAUGAGUGUUUGUCAGCCAGGGGAAGACUAUAUUCACCCAGAUCAAACAAUGGUGGACAAUCAACUAAACAGGCUGUUUUCUCAUAUUUGUCCAAAUUAAGAUUUAUGCCCCUGUACAUGAGCGCUGCCAUCUUAGGAUUCUGACACCUUCCGGUCGCCAUCUUGUUUCUGGACGCCAUCUUGUUUCUGGUCGACAUCUUUGUUUCCUGUCGCCAUCUAAUGUUUCCAGUCUAAACGCAAGGCUGCAGUACCGUCAUAGAUUACUAGUUGGCGCUGAUACGACAUGUGUCGGGCUGAUCCACACAUGGUUGUGUUGGAGAUGGCAGACUUCCCCUCUUACAUAUGAUGCUCCAUUGCAUGCGAUUCAUGUUAUCUAUUUAUUGCGUGUAGCUAAAGAACAGACAAUAACACCGAUAAACAUCAAUAAAGGGGUACUCAAAAAUCGUUAACACAUUUCCAAGUGUUUUAUCGGAUUGAAUAUCGUAUGAUUUAUUAUGACAUAAUAACAGUAAACCAGAGCCAGAGACCCAGACUCUAGUAAUAUAAUCUAUUCCAUUUAUGUCAUCCACAAUACAAUAAAAAGCCCAAUGUGCUAUGUACUCAAGCUCCUCCAAGCGCAUUUACGCAGUAUUACAGCCAUCGCAUCGCUAAGAUCUAGAGUUAUUCAAUCUCGUCAAAUUUUAGUAUACUACCAAGCUCACCAGGCACCGAGUGCCUUCCUAAUGAAAAAUUGACGAUGUUUUCAACUUCAUUAUCGAAAACAAUAGUUCCUAAUAUCAUACAAAUGAGGUAUCUUGUUUACGAAUAUAAUGGUCUCCACUGUUAUGAGAAACAGUUUUGUAAAUUAGCAACGAUUGCAAAUUUUACAUGCAAGCGGACUAGCACCUGUAAGUUUCGAAAUCAUGAAAACAAUUAACACAAUCUUAUAUCUAUAUAAUGUUAUAUCGAGUUGUCCUGCUCUAUAUAUCUAUAGCAAUUUACAAAGACACAAGCUGGCCAAUAUUUGGUUGAUAUAAAGAUAUAACAAGGAACCAUAAUUGUUUGAUGUGGUUUUGUUACCAAAGCAGAAACGAUUAAUGCUAAUUUCCAUAAUACUGGACAAAUGUGACGUGUUGAAAUAUAUCGCAGCUCUAGUACGUCCGUUUGUGUCCAUUUUCGAGCUCAUUUGUCAAAGAAGAUAAGAUGAUGAGUCCGUCUUCACACUCUAUCUUACUUCUUAGAUCAGGUGAUUCAUAUAUGUUGUACGUGUGCUGUCCUAGUUAGUUACUUAAUGUCAUUGCUCCUAUUUUUCCAUCUAUUAAAUGAUGUAGGACAGAAUACAGGUUUCUCAGUUGACAUCAUCUCAGCGCCAUGUUGGAUUGCAGUGUACUAGUAUUUAAUACAAAACAUACCAAUAUUUCAUUGCUUAAUCAAAUUACUCACCAACAUGGACACCAAGGGAUCCAAAUGUAAUUACUAUGACGUAAGUCUAAAACCUAAUUAGGAGCAACAGCGUCCCCUUUCACGUGACUUCUAUGACCUUUGACUCCUAGGUCACCCUCUAACCUUAGCACAGCUGAAGAAAGAUGGCGGAUGCCGUCUUGAAAAUUCUCACCAAGCAAAUAAGUCGUGCGUAACAGUCUUAUUCUUUGUG